GAAAAAAGAAAAAAGAAAAAACAACAGCAUAGCCGCGUGCGGGGGCGGUGAUAUCGGUAGGUAUCGUUGUUGCGACGCAGAGGAGAUAAGGAGAGUAGAGAGAGAGAGUAGAGAGAGAGAGAGAGAGUGGGAGUGGAGAGAGAGAGAGAAGAGAGAGGGAGAGAUGAGGAGGACGCCGGGGAUGGGCGGAGAGAGCGUGCUCAGGGCGGUGAUAUCGGCGUCGGCGGCGGCGGCGGGGGCGGGGGCGGCGAGGCCGACGUCCGCUAGGGUUUCGCGAGCCUUGCAGGUGCCGCAGCCCUCCUCGUCGUCGUCCACCUCGUCUCCGGCGUCCCCGACCUCGCCGCCGACGUUCUCCGCCGCCUCGUACGAGGGCGAGGGGGACGAGUGGGAGCACGUCGAUGGAGGAGAAGCGGAAGAGGACGCCGCGGGAGAGUUAGGGUUUCUAGGGUUUCCGGAGAGGUUGGUGUUCGGGAGGGUCCCGACCACGGAGGAGGUGGACGAGGCCGUCUCCGCCCUUCAACAGACAUUCGUACCGGCAAUGUUUUCUCAGGUCGCGGAAGAUGGAUAUGCCUCUAAUUUGGAACAAAAUGCAGCUGAUAAGGAAGUGAUUCCUGCGGCUAAAUCUGGAGGUUCAUCAGAUGAGUUUUCAGCAGAAUCACAUUCUGAUUGGAUUGAGCCUACAAUGAAUCUCUAUACAUCAAGAACUUCUCUGUCGAGAGAGCAUGAGAAAGUUUACGACGCAUUUCGCUUGUUGCAGAUAAAUCCUUCUGUUCAGAAAAUGGUUGUUUCGCUGUCAUCUGAUAAAGCUGUGUGGGAUGCUGUCAUGAAGAACGAUGUAGUGCAGGAAUUCAAGAAAUCAUUCUGCGAAGAUACAGAUGGAGACUAUGACACUCGGAGUUCCGACGAAAAUCCUGCCAGAUCAGAUGGAACAGAUGGAAUCCUAGGAAUGAUCUUCGGUCACACGAAGGCUAAAAUACUGGAGCUUAUUGACAAAAUUGGAAUGCUUUUUAACAUGCUCUUUCACUCACAAGAGAAGCCUCAGAAUAGUACAUUCAUCGACGACGCCCUAAGGUCCUCUUUUAUGCUCACUGUUAUAGUUUUCCUCAUCGUCGUCGCUACUCGUGUCGAAAAAGCUUAGCCCAAAGCAUAAUUUGCCGACAUUACUGCUUCCUGAAGUGUUUAAUAGUUUGUAGUAGCGACGGAAUAUGUAUAGCAUCCUAUGCCAAAUACAGAGGAGACUUUCACUCUCUUUUUUUUUUUCUUUUUUUCUUUUUUUUUGAUGAAAAGGCAGGACUACUGAAAAGCACUUUUCAACAACUUCUGGCUGUUUGAGAUUAGCUUCUGUUUUCAUAUUUGCUUUUGGUUUGUGCAA